CGGGAUUAUUUGAGCAUACACUGCGUGUGUCAGCGUGAUUCACCCGGCACCAACUGUGGCUGCACUGCAGCUCUAUCUCCCGGUGGCCGGCGCUCAUGGUGAGAUGGUACGGCGGCCGGAGCAAAAGCUGGUCGGGCCGCGGGAGAGAUUCCACGCUGGGAAGGAAUUCGACAGUGGCUCGAGGCGGCGGUGCUGGCGAGUUCUUGGGCGUCUCAAUCACCUGUGCCUUGCCCGUCGCGGCGUCCACCUCAACACCAGCGGCGCCUACUGUCUCACGUCAAAGCACGCCAGUAGGUCGCCGCGGAAGACGGGAAACAACUCGGCCGGCUGGAACACCUGCUUCCUGGGCAGGCUCGCUCACCACGAACCCGUUGCGGUGUUCGGACCACGCGGUGGCGGCCCUGGCGGAGGCCGCGACCUCGGAGGGCAUGUUGGAGGCCGUCAGCACCAACGAGUUCGCGUUCCGCGUCGUCGGCAAGCUCAAGUACGGCUCGUACUGCGAGUGCGACAUCGAGGACGGCGUGCUGUACCUCCAGUGCACGCCGGCCACCUUCGGGACCAACAUCGACCUGGUCGCGUCCAAGCUGAUGGAUAGGCUGUGAGGAAAGGGGGAGUAUCGGAGGAAAGGAAAGCUAGACAUGAGAAAUUGACAGCCGUUGCCAUCAUGCGCAUCAAGCAGUUCCGAACCCCCCGUGAAUUGAUCACCUUUGCCAUGUUGCGUGGAAUGCUCCGCAGUCUCUUCAACAACUUCGCAAACCCCCCUGAACACCAUGGCGCAGGGUACCUCGAGGGAAUGGUUCGACAAAAGAGAUGUAAUUGUCCCAGGCGCGCCUCAGCGCAAAUAAACCUGCACAAGUC